UAUUAUUACGAUUUUACUGAAAUUAAUAAAUUAGAGACAAAUUACUACGUAAAAUGAUAUAAAAGUGAUUUCUUGUUUACACAAAUAAACAUAUCCUACCCUAGAAUCUCAUAAAAGUAGAGAAAUCUGAAGAAUUCUGUCAAAAAUGGAUGAAAAGGAAGAGUUGCAUCUAACCUCUCAGGAGUUACAAGUUUUAUCAGAACUUGACAGUCGCCAGUUUGGAUUUUUGAAACUUCAUGGCAGUGAACAUGGUAGAACACGAGCUCUCGUUCUCAAAGCUGUCAAGUAUUUGGAAGGAAUGCUGGUGCAAGUCAAGGAAGAGGAGAGAGCAUGCUCUCCCGGUGCUCGAAGGGAUAUAUGUAUUGACCCUAAGACAUACUGCAAACUGGGGCACUUUCAUUUAUUACUUGAAGAUUAUGCUAAAGCAAUGUCCGCAUAUCAAAAAUUCUAUGCACUGGAACAGGACAACUGGAAAGAUCCACUGUUUCUAUAUGGGCUGGGCCUUUGCUACUACCACUACAAUGCCUUUGAUUGGGCUACCAAGGCGCUCCAGAUGGCCCUCUACGUGUCCCCUGGGUUCUCUCGGGCGGCAGACGCGCACCUUCGACUCGCGCUGAUGUUCAAGGCCAGGAGACAUUGGGGGGCCGCGGCGGUGCACUUCAGGCGUGCGAGGCUGGCUCCUCACCAAGAUGCUACCUUUACUCGCUUAGAGCUCAGCUUUCACGCCGCACAUCUGCUCGAAGCCAGAGGACUGAGGAAAGCAGCGAGAGACGCUUACGAGAGACUCCUAAAAGAGCCUCAGCUGUCCUCCAUGCUGAAAGCUGACGUCUGUCGGCAGCUGGGAUGGCUAUAUCACCGAUGCGCGACACUCGGCGAGCCCGCAGGCCGCGCCCGAGCCGCGGUCUGGUGUCUCCAGAGAGCUGUGGUGGCCGAGCCGGAGUCGGGUGCGGGGCUAUACCUCCUUGGAAGAUGCUUUGCAGCGCAAGGGAAGGUUCACGACGCGUUCAUUGCCUAUAGGAAUUCCGUCGAAAAGUCCGAAGGCAACGCCGACACGUGGUGCUCUAUUGGAGUGCUGUACCAACAACAAAACCAACCAAUGGAUGCGUUACAAGCAUACAUUUGCGCGGUGCAGCUGGAUAAGGGUCACUCCGCGGCGUGGACCAACCUAGGAAGUCUGUAUGAGAGCUGUUCAAUGGCGAGGGACGCUUUCGCGUGUUACAAUAACGGGGGAGCGCGCGCUACGCUCGCGAAUGCACCGCUGCGGCAGCGACUGGCAUUUCUGCGGGCACAUUUAGCCCACGCACCCAUGCCUUCCGUCACCGGCAAACGACGUCCGCUGCCAUCUAUCGAGGAAGCGUGGAACUUGCCUAUUUCGGCAGAGAUGUCGUCCCGCGCGCCCAAAGCCGCGCCCCCUCCCUAUCCGGGCGCUGGAGGGGCGGGGAGUGCGGGCGCGGCGACCAUCAAGCGUGAAGAGCCAACACCCCUGACCCAGCAGCAAUUGCAGACCUUGCAAUACUUGCAGAGGAACUCGCACAACCUAUCGCCGCAGCAACAAGCAUUGAUGCAGCAGCUGUUAUCCCAGUAUCGUCUAUCACAGGCAGCGCGAGUGCGUGCGGUAGCAAAAAGCGAAGGAAAUACAAGUGGCGAUAGUGCCGAAUCGCUUGCAGAAGAUUUGUUAAAGAAGUUCUCGGACACGCAGACCGAUAUAAAGAAAGAGCCAAUCAUGAAAAGCCCACAAAAGUGCAGCAACGAGGUCGUGCUGGGCGGUCGGCAGCCCGUCGUCAAGCUGGAGCCGCUCAAGACCGACCCGCUCAAGCCGGUCGCCUUCCACAUCGGCAUGACCGCAAAGCAGAUACUCGACGCUUGCAAGGAGCACGCGGGCCCGCCGUCGUCGUGGUCGGUGCUGGGGGACGCGCGCGGGCCGCCCGAGCCGCCCGGGGUGCCGCCGCCGCGCCUAUCGGCCGAGCAGCUGGCGCCGUCGGCGCCGUUCGUGUACGUGGAGUCCAAGCGCGACGCAUUCUCGCCGCAGCUGCAGGACUUCUGCCUCAAGCACCCCAUCGCCGUGGUGCGCGGGCUCACGGCCGCGCUCAAGUUGGACCUGGGCCUGUUCUCCACCAAGACGCUGGUGGAAGCGUGGCCCGACCACGCGGUAGAAGUGCGCACGCAGCUCAUGCAGUCGGCCGACGAGAACUGGGACGCGAGCGGCCGGCGCCGCGUGUGGGCCUGCGCCUCGCACCGCUCGCACACCACGGUGCGCAAGUACGCGCAGUACCAGGCCGGCUCGUUCCAGGAGUCGCUGCGAGAGGAGCGCGAGCGCGGCGCGGGCCCGCCGCCGCCCGGCGCGCUUUCCGACUCGGACGGACGCGAGUCGGGCUCGGGGCCCGCCAAGCGGCGCAAGUCGGCGCGCAUGCUCCGCUUCGGCACCAACGUGGACCUGUCGGACGAGCGCAAGUGGAAGCCGCAGCUGGCCGAGCUGCAGAAGCUGCCGGCCUUCGCGCGCGUGGCGUCGGCCGCCAACAUGCUGUCGCACGUGGGCCACGUGAUCCUGGGCAUGAACACCGUGCAGCUGUACAUGAAGGUGCCGGGCAGCCGCACGCCCGGCCACCAGGAGAACAACAACUUCUGCUCCAUCAACAUCAAUAUCGGGCCCGGCGACUGCGAGUGGUUCGGCGUGCCCGACGCCUACUGGGGCGGCGUGCGCGAGCUGUGCGACCGCCACGGCCUGUCGUACCUGCACGGCUCGUGGUGGCCCGACCCCGAGGAGCUGCGUGCGCAUGGCGUGCCCGUAUACCGCUUCACGCAGCGGCCCGGCGACUUGGUGUGGGUGAACGCGGGCUGCGUGCACUGGGUGCAGGCCACGGGCUGGUGCAACAACAUCGCGUGGAACGUGGGCCCGCUCACGGCGCGCCAGUACUCGCUGGCGCUGGAGCGCUACGAAUGGAACAAGGUGCAGAACUUCAAGUCCAUCGUGCCCAUGGUGCACCUGACGUGGAACCUGGCGCGCAAUAUCCGCGUGUCCGACCCCGCGCUGCACCGCGCCAUGCGCACGUGCCUGCUGCAGACGCUGCGCGCGGCGGCCGGCACGCUGGCGGCCGUGCGCGCGCGCGGCGUGCCCGUGCGCUUCCACGGGCGCGCGCGCGGCGAGGCGUCGCACUACUGCGGCGCGUGCGAGCGCGAGGUGUGGCACGCGCUGCUGGUGCGCGAGCACGAGCGCCGCCACGUGGUGCACUGCCUGGCGUGCGCGCGCCGCGCCAGCCCCGCGCUGCAGGGCUUCCUGUGCCUGGAGGAGCACCACGUGGAGGAGCUGGCGCAGGUGCUGGACGCCUUCGCGCUGCACCGGCCCGCGCCGCCGCCGCACGCCGCGCACGCCGUGCCCGCGCCGCACAGCGCGCACGCGCCGCCCGCGCUACCCGCAACGCCCACGCCCGACUGAGGCGAGUCCGCCUCGCUUUCGGAGUUACGCUUUCCGUUCUCCUCGAUCUGGGCCGAGGCCGGCGGCGGUGCCGAGAUCGACGAGUGGGACUGUGUCGAGAUGUCGUAGCGAGGAUCCGGUCCGUGUGACGUCGACGUACCUGUAUUUAUUUUGUGUGAGAGUUGUAUGAUUACUUUGUUGUAUGAUGUUGUACGAGAUGCUUUUCAGUUAUCGAGAUCGUCCACUGUCGCUCGCUCACGUCGCGCGACGGUCGGAAGCCGAAGGGUCGCUAGGGCUCGAUUCGGUGCUUACUUUAUAAUUAAGUGUUAGUCGCCAGCUAGUUUUCUGUACUUUGAAAUUCACAUUUUUGACCAAAUGUUAAAAUCGUUAAGUGACUUAAAAUAACCGCGAUCUAUUUUUAAUACACUGCGAGUAAGUAUAAAAAUGUACGAUACGAAUAUUUUCGUGUUUAAGAGUAAUUUUGUAAUUCGGGGACUUUUACAGUUUACACUCUCCUCGAUCACUUUUGUAAUUGUGAGAGAUAUUGAUAAAAAGUGAAGUCAAUUUUUCGGCGAAGAUUAGCCGACUGUAGCGAAUAUGUAAUGUAAUGUAACGGCGGCGGCCUCCAAUAUUUAGUGGAAUAGAUUUAGUAAUAUAGCUAAGGGGAGUGUUGCGGCAGGGGGGCGCGGGGAGGCCGGCCCGCUUUGGUCUCAAGUGCUCAGGUGUUCACCACAAUAGAUAUAUUAUUUUUGUAUAGAAGUAUAUUUAUUUAUUUUUGUCAUACUGCCACUUAGUUUCAUUUUUGAGUUCUUUUUAGUAUUAUUAUAAAUCUUCAUAGCGAAUAAUAGUCGGUAAGUGUAAGGCACGGAAUGAGGCUCUGCGUUUUAGGAGGGUCUGGUGAACAGUGCUAUGUCCCAAAGAAUGUUAAACUCGUGCAGGCAAUUCGCAGCUGAAGGUGGACGAAGCCAUUCGCCGCGUUCUAGUAUCGCGAUUGGGUUCUGUGGGCCCAGUGUAAGUCUUUAAGUAAACUAACGUGACAGUGGCGUGAACGCAGAUCUGUCGAUUUGUGACAAGCUGUCAAAUCACAAUACAAAAUGACAGCAAUAUAGCGAACUCAGUUGUCACGUUCGUUAGCUUACACUAAGUGCUACAGCCGUCUAAAUUAAUUUAUUCGAAUGUAAACACAACUAAAUUGAAUUAUUUUCCUUGCGUAAUGUACUGCAAGGAAAUUAGAAUUAAUGUUUUUGGCUCGUAUCGGUGUAAAGUUAGGCAUGAGUUAUGACGCGCACGCGUUUGGAACCCACCACCUAAUGCAUGUUGAGUGAAAUCUUAUCGUAAUUUGACUUCAAUUAAGAAAAUAUAACGUGAUUGAUUGCGUUAAAUUGCGUCAGCGACGUCAAACGUUUGAAGUAUUGUAUGUCACAAGUUAGUGGCACGUUGCUUUUGAUAAAUAAUUUACUAAAUAUACUAAAUCUUAAAGAGAAAGUGAUUUUUGAUUAUAUUCUAUUGCUAAAUAUGUAAUAUAACUUAUGAAUAUUACUAAAUAACUUAUGUAAUAUAACUAUAAUGUUACUUUAAAUAAAAGUAUUCAAACACUUUUGUUGCUUGCCUUUCUCACUUGUUAGCGACAAUUGGUUGCCGAUUCGAGGGUGAGAAAUGUUUUUUCACAGACACUGAUGACAUAAAAUAUUAACUGUGCUAGUUAAUAUUUUAAAGCAGUAUGGAAACAAUGCUGUUUCGAAACAGCAUUGAUAUAUUGGAUUUUCUGUGACAGUGGUCCCCAAACUUUUUGGCCACCCUGUUCUGGGUUUUUGAUUGCGCGAUCAUCUAAACUAAUGUUUAGAUGAUCGGGGAUAUUGUUGAUCGAAGUUAUAUGAACAAUUUUAUUUGACUCAACACGCGUGGUGUGUUGCAAAUGUGUGCGGCCCAUUAGGCAAAGGUUAGGCAGAGGUCGGCAGUUGUGGCGCCGCUCUGGUCACCAGGUCGUUGGUUAUUUCUGAAGUUUUAUUGAUGUUGUGAGGUUUCAAUGUUGGCUGUAUUAUUUUUGUGAGCCCUUAGUGUCGGUUUUUCAUUUAGCAAAUGUGACGUGUUCGUAUAUCUGCAAUAUUUGUGCGGAGUUUCCAAAUAAUAACGCUUGGAUUAAUGAUUGGUAUUCGAACUCCUUCUAACUUAUACGCUUGAAGUUGAUGUACUUUAAUCGCUAUAUCAUGCGAUAUUCGUAGCUACACUGAUAACAGUAACUUUAAUAAUACUGAAUUAAAUUAAUUUCUUCAUUGAUGGCAUGACAUGACAUGUACAAGUCGUUAGGUUGACAGCCUCCGGUGUGAGAUAGUUGAUUGCACUACAGUGUGCAGUUUUUAAUGCAGCUCUUACUGUUUAUCUCACGUGUCUUAUAAUUCAGACAAUCUUUGGUAAUCUAUGGUCUUAGAUUUAAACGUAUUUGGUUUUUUUUAAGUAGGUUUAUUAAAAUUAGUUUUUUUUAAACCUCUGUAUUCUUUAAUUAUUUAAAAACAAAGUUUUGAAAAUAAAAUUUCGAAAAGAUUGUAUUAAUUUUAAAUCUGGUAAGAGGAAAAGUACUUCAGUAGUACAAAGUUUGUUGUACCAGCGGUAUCUAGUUGGUCAGUAUCCAAUCAUUAAUCUAUGGUGAUAAAUUUCAAAUCAAAAAUGUAAAAUGGCGUUGCUUACUUAAAUUAAAAACCUUGUUCAUGUAGUUUGUAGAUUAAGAUAUUGGUCAUGUGCAUAAUUCACAACGCUGAUCGCCUAUGCAAAAUGUUACAUUUGUUUACAUGAAAACUGGCUGUAAGGGCACUGGUGUCGAGGGUCGGCGCCGGGAGGUAGGUAUUGUGAAUGUGUUGGACGUGUAUAGUGAAUACUAAAUUAAUUCGUAAGUUAUAGUAACAUCACUGCCAUUUACGACCUUACUGUUUAUACUGUAACGUAAAUUUUUUAUUAAAGAUAUAAAAUACC